UUUGUAUGUAUUUGUUGGUAUGUUAAAUGUUUUCCCAAAAGUGAAUGUCUUCAUAUUCUGUAGAUACUGAUUGUUUCCAGGUAUUACUCUGAGCAACCGUACAAAUGUGGACAUCCUUCUGUCCAAAAAUCUCAUUGUACAGCAAAAAAGAAGAAGAAGAAGAAAACACAUCACUGAUGUGAUUAGAAUCACUGGAAUGUCCCGUGACUACCUAGCUGCACACACACACUGAGCACAGUUGUAGUACAAGAUGAGGGGAGGGUGUGUGUGUGUGUGUGUGUGUGUGUGUGUGUGUGUGUGUGUGUGUGUGUGUGUGUGUGUGUGUGUGAGUGAAGAAUCUCUGUUAAUAGACAUCCAGGUGGAGGAGAAAUCAGUUUACGAAGCUGUACUGGAGAUCAGCGACGCACACUGGGUCAUCCCACCACUGCCAUGUGAUUCUCAUUACAGAGACUUCUGGGGAGCAGUGUUCAGCUGUGGACGGCUUGAGUGCAACAAGAGAAAAUACAUGAAGAAGCAAGGAAAGGGCGACACUGCCAGCAUCCCUCUUUCUUCUCCAACAGGGAGCAGCAGCGUGCAGGUGUACCAUGACUAUCAGAAGGUGGCUAUUACAAUGCAUCCUGGGAAUGGCCAUGCUACAGAGAAUGGUUCCCGCAAUGGGAGAGACCAGGUGACCAGCAGGAUGCCGGAUUACAUCUCUAAAAGCCAAGACCAAAGGUACACCAUGAAAGAAGAGAGUUUGUACAGGAACUCCAUGUGGAUGAUGGAUUCAAGCAGCCAGGUCUACUCAGGCCAGGAGGACAACUCUACGGACCCACACGAGUGCCUGACGGACACCUCAACUCUGACCUUUGUGGACGCCCGCACCACGGAGGAUUCGGCAGAAAGCCACAGUCUCCACGGGGUGACGAUGGUUUACCUCAAGGAGUUUGUGCUGAUAGACGAUGAUGAUGAUGGAGACAUGUCUCUAAGAGAGAAAACAGUCACAGACUUGUCUGUCAUGGAUGGGAGAGCUGCUGACCUGGUGUGCGGGAGGCUGUUCUCCACCUCUAGCGGCUCGGUGUCAGAGUGUAAGGAGGAAUCCGCGGCUCCUGAGGCACCACCACCCGAGGAAAUUAAGACUGCACAUGAAACGAGACGCUGCUGUGUCUGCACCAUUUUAUGACCCCGCAAGAGGUCACAGGUUUGGAAGCUUGUGUCCAAGAUCAAGGCCGAGAAGCCAUCCAAAAGGCCUCUGUGCUCUGAGCGCUCUGGUCAAACAUGCUGAGCUUGAUUGUACACAAUCAGUAUUGAUUAUUAUAAACAAUCAAAAAUCUAUUUUUUCAACCUCAAACAUUAGCCAGUAAUGUUUUUUUAUUUAAACUAGCUAUUCAUGUCAAUAUAAAAUGUGCAGUAUGUGUGCACAUUAACAUUAACAGAAUUAACACACAUAAACAUCUUUACAUUGACAGAAUUUGAUCACGUGAGAUGUUAAGAUAAUAAUUUUCAACUUUAACAAACAUCUAUGAUAAAGUUUUGAUACUGGAAAAAAAAUUGCAUGCUACUGUAAUUUUUGAUCUAAAUGACAGACUGUGAUAGUUACGUAGGUCUUGAAAGAUCAGGUGCUGACAUCAAAUAAAGGAAAGUUAAAA